UUGGUCUCCCUGGCCAGUUAACACAGUACUCAAUAUUCAUUAUUGUGUCUUACUCAGGAUGCGAAGGGCAAGGAGCUUACACCGUCCACAGACAGUCACCGUCACUGCAUACAACCUGCUCUUUGUCCCCUGGAGGGUGGUCCCUAGGUGCUUGGACUGGAGGUAAUAUUGGUUUGACAUUACAAAGAGAGUUGGUCAUUGUAAGAAAGGAGGCAGUAGCCAUGCCAUGUGCACAAAACCUUCAUCUGUGACCUUCCUGGUUCCCAGGCAACAGGGUGAGUUCAGACUUUUUUUCCUGAAGCCACUCUGUAAAUUCUGGUACCUUCUCCAGCACCCUCCAUCUCAUAGCAGCCUGUGGGACGCCUCCAGGAAUUCUUAGGGUUCCGAGGGGGCAUCAUUCGAAAAUGACUGUUCCAGGAUGAGGUGUGUGGGCUUAGGUGUCAGCCCGAUCCAAGUUCAGAACCCAACCACGAUGAUGGUCGGUGCCAAGCAUCACCGAUUUCUCGGGUUACCGCGCCUUCUUCAGCAGCCUCGGAUGCCGCAGUCUUGCAAGGCUUCCACUGAGCAGGACAAUGUAAAUGCAACAUCAGUGUAAAGCUCACUGCUGGUGCCCACAGCAGGCGUCCAGCAAGUGCGAGUUCUUGCAUGAUUUUGUUGGACAUUUCCAUGAAAUGUUUUGACAGCAGAGGCUAUCUCCUCAGACAUUUUCCCCCUCCAUCCUAUUGUCUGCAUGGCAAGGGCUCUUCUCUCUCAAAUUGCUCACACACUCACACCCCGCCUCCCAGGCACUUUGCUCUGAAGCUCUGACAGUGGGGCUGUAUUUACCUUGGCUGAGCUUAGGAUGUUUCUGGAAAAGAAACCCCAGCUGAGCCCUCACAAUCAGUCUAUUACCUGCCAGCCAGUUGGCUGGUAUGCAUGCUGGGCAAGCAACCAGGGGCACCCGCAGAGCUGAGCUGACAGGAGAGCUUGACUGGCCAGGCUUGUCAGGACAGCAUUUAGGCAGCUGGGGCCAACCAGUAAAGUGCUGCUCAAAGGGUCUCCCAAUUGCCCCUGUCAGCAAGGGUUACAAAAACACCCAGAAUGUAUUUUAGAUCCAGCUAUUUGAAACAUUCCUGGAACAGCAGCAACAAAGUCACUUAGAAGCACUGUUACAAGUGCAGAGCUCUGCUGGGCAUGGUGGCACAUGCCUUCAACACUUGGGAGGCAGAGGUAGGCAGAUCUCUGAGUUCAGGCUAGCCUGGUCUACAAAGUGAGUUCUGUGGCAGACAGGGCUUCAGGAGGCUGAGGUAGAUAGAUCUCUGUGAGUUCAAGGAAGUCUAGGCUACAUGUUAAAUUUCAUGCUGGCCAAGACUACACAGUGAGAUCCUGUCUCCAAAAAUAAAUAAAUAAAUAGAUAAAUAAAUAAAUAAGCCAUAUACGGAGGGCUUAUUGUAUAAUCUUAGUACUUGGGAAGCUGAGACAGGAGGGUUGCUACCAGCUCAAGGCCAGCUUAAGCUACAGAGUGAGUUCCAGGACAGCCAGAGCUAAAGAGAGAAACUCUUAAAUAAACUAAAAAAGAAAGAAAGUGCAUCGUCCUGGGUUAACCCCAGACCUGCAGAACCUGAGCCUGCAUCUGCACAAAACCAGUGGUACUUGGUUCUGGCUACUUGUGCUGGGAAGGUUUUUUUAAAGGCAGAUUUAAAAGGAGAAAAAAAAGGCUUUGCCAGCACAUCACCCAUCCUUAAGGAGAUGGUGGCUGAGACCUGGCCAGUGAAGCAGUGAAACAGAACUGGCCUUCUUGUCUGGACUCUGCCACUCAUUAGAUGCGUGACCUUAGGCAGGUGGCUCCCUCUGUCUGUUCUGGAUCUGAGCUAGCCAGACGGCUCAGUGGGUAAAGGCACUGAGCCUGAGGUGGACGUUCAAUUCCCAAGAACCAUAUAGUGGAAGGAGGAAUUCAACUCCCAAAAGCACAUUUGUGAUUGUGAUCCUUGCACACUUGUGAUGGCACACACACACACACACACACACACACACACACACACACACAAAUACAGUAACCAAAAGAAAGAAAUGUUUGCCGGUGAGGUGAAUGGGGCAGAGAUCUGCACCCAAACGGUUCCGUUAACAUUAUCUCCUAUUUUCCUCUCACCUCAGCUGUGCACUUGAUAAGGAACUCUGGUAUAAUGUACCACUGAUGGGACCUUUCAGAAUGGUGCGAUCCUUAGGAGAGAUUCACGAAGUUCUUGAAUGAUUAGCUUGAUUACCACAAGAGCAAGCUGUUAGAAGGUGAGACCAACCUGUGUUUUCUCUCUUCUGCAAACUCCUGAAUUUAAAAUAUGUAGCCCUUCACCUUCAGCCAGUGUGCUGUGGUCACCGUCAUGCUCGCCACUGCCCUCUGUGGCUAUGCCGCAGCCGCGGCUGCCCGAGGCCUCCUGCACCCCGUCUCGGCUCUCAGCCCCGCCACCACCACUGUCUGUUCCAUUUGCUGCUAUUCUCAUGGGUCACACGAGACAGAUGAGGAGUUUGAUGCUUGCUGGGUGACAUACUUCAACAAACCAGACACUGAUGCCUGGGAAUUGCGUAAAGGGAUGAAUACACUUGUUGGCUAUGAUCUGGUUUCUGAGCCCCAAAUCAGUGAUGCUGCGUUGUGGGCAUGGAGAUGGUUAAAUGAUUUUGCUAGUGCUGUUCGCAUCUUGGAGGUUGUUAAGGACAAAGCAGGACUUCAUAAGGAAAUCUACCCCUAUGUCAUCCAGGAACUUAGACCAACUUUAAAUGAACUGGGAAUCUCCAGUCCAGAGUAACUGGGCCUUGACAAAGUGUAAACUCCCUUCCAUGGGCUUCCCAAGGACUUAACUGCUGUUGCUACUUGAUUGAAACAGUUGCCUGGAAAUGUUUUUAUUUGAACAAAUUUUCCUUUGAGUAUCCAACCACGUAAUAGCAACUUGGACUUUAAUAAAGGGAAAUGAGUUUUAACUGAAAAAAAAAAAAGCCUUGUGGGAGUCGGUUCAUUUCACUAUGUGGGUCCUGGGGAUUGAACUGAGUAAAACACCACAGCCAAAAGCAAGGGAGGGAGGGCAGGGUUUGCGUCAUCUCACACUUGCAGGUAACAGCCCAGCAAUAGGAAAGUCAGGGCAGGAGCUCAAACAGGGCAGGAACCUGGGGGCAGGAACUCCACUUGUUCCCCAUAACUUGUUGUUCAGCCUGCUUUCUUAUAGAUCUGGGCACCGGCUGCCCAAGGUUGGCACUGCCACAGUGAGUGAGACCCUCCCA